AUGUCUGAAAAGAACAUAACCAUAAGGAUUAAUGAAUUCGUAUUUAUAGAUUUAACAAGAAAUUCUGUGCUGCAGAUUACCCUCUUUUUGUUGUUCCUGGUUAUAUACAUGACUACCUUGGUUGGAAAUCUUGGAAUGAUUACCUUAAUAAGGAUCAGUCCCCGGCUUCACACCCCAAUGUACUACUUUCUUAGCAACCUAUCUUUCCUGGAUGUCUGCUAUUCAUCUGUAGUUGCCCCUAAGAUGCUAAUGAACCUUCUAACAGAUAAAAAGUCUAUUUCACUCAUUGGAUGUGCGGUGCAAAUGUACUUUUUUAUAGGACUGGGAAGCACAGAGUGCUUACUGCUGGCUGCCAUGGCAUAUGAUCGCUAUGUAGCUAUCUGUAAACCACUGCGGUAUUCAGUUCUCAUGUCUCCUAGAGUCUGUAUUCCUUUAGUGGUUGGGUCCUAUGUACUUGGACUUUUGCAUUCUCUUGUUCAUACAGUCUUCACCUUCAAGUUGUCAUUUUGUAGGUCUAAUGAAAUCAAUCACUUAUACUGUGAUAUCACUGCACUUUUAUCACUCUCCUGUUCUGAUAUCUACAUCAAUGAACUCUUGAUUUUUAAUGUGGGUGGUCUUCUGGAAAUAACCACCAUUUUGAGUGUCUUGGUUUCCUAUGCAUAUAUUCUUGCCAACAUUGUGAAGAUCAGCUCGGCUGCAGGAAGGCUCAAAGCCUUCUCUACAUGCACCUCCCACUUGACUGCUGUCACCAUCUUCCAUGGGGGAAUUCUUAUUUUGCAUUUCCGACCCAAGUCCAGUACUGGAUCUUCCAUCCAAGACGUGAGUGACAAAAUUCUUGCUGUGUUCUAUACAAUUGUAAUCCCCUUGCUGAAUCCCUUGAUUUACAGUCUGAGAAACAAGGAAGUGGUGGAUGCUUUGGGAAUCCUUCAGAGAAAGAUGUUUGUCUCCAAAGUUCAUUUUUCUUAG